AUAACCAUGACUAGAGUAUGGUAUAUAAGUCAGCGACACACACAAUCACAAACAUCCUAACUGUUAACAAACACAUGACUCCUAUGUUUCCCUCCAUAUUUUCUGCUCCAAGUUCAAGUUCAAACCAGAAGUCUGAGCAAACUGCGAAAACAACCUGAGCACUGAAACUUCUCCAACUAUAUUUCCCUCCAUUUCUCAACCAAUACAACACCAUCAUGUCAAGCUUCAGCCUAAACUCCUUAGCCGUCUCUCCUCACCCCACCAAACCCAAUACUACCACCACCACCACCGCCACUACCACUACCACUACCACCCUCAUCCAACUCAAACAAGUCCACGCCCAAAUCCUCCGCCGCUCCUCCAAUCUCAACCCCUCCUCCAACUCCCUCCUCCUCCAACUUCUUCUCUCCUCUUGCACACUAUCCCCUCACCACCUCGACUAUGCCCUCCACGUGUUCGACCAAAUUCCCACCCCUCACACCCAUCUUUCCAACACAUUCCUGCGUGAGUUAUCACGCAAGGCCGAGCCCAAAAAGGCCCUCUUGGUGUACGAGAGGAUGAGGAGGAAAGAGCGACUUGGUGUGGACAGGUUCACCUUCCCACCAUUGCUGAAGGCAGUGUCAAAGGCUUCGGCUUUGGCUGAGGGGAUGGAGAUUCACGGGCUUGCGGCAAAGUUGGGUUUUGAUUCGGACCCUUUUGUGGAGACGGGUUUGGUCGGGAUGUAUGCUGCGUGUGGGCGGAUUUUGGAGGCAAGGUUGGUGUUUGAUAAAAUGUCUCACCGGGACGUUGUUACGUGGAGCAUUAUGAUUGAUGGGUACUGCCAGAGUGGCCUUUUUGAUUAUGUAUUGCAGCUCUUUGAAGAGAUGAAGGCAUCUAAUGUGAAACCAGAUGAGAUUGUUCUUUCUAAAAUUGUUUCUGCAUGUGGUCAUGCCAAAAAUUUAAGCUAUGGGAAAGCAAUUCAUGAGUUCAUUACUGAAAAUAAUAUUGUGGUAGACCCUCAUUUACAGAGUGCUCUUGUCACCAUGUAUGCAAGUUGUGGAUCUAUAGAUUUUGCUCAGGAAUUGUUUAAUAAGAUGUCAACAAAAAACUUAAUUGUUUCCACUGCCAUGGUUUGUGCAUAUUCAAAGCUUGGACAGGUUGAAAAUGCUCGCAUGAUUUUUGAUCAAUUGGUUGAGAAAGACUUGGUCUGUUGGAGUGCCAUGAUAUCUGGUUAUGCUGAGAGUGAUCGUCCUCAAGAAGCUCUUAAAUUAUUCAAUGAAAUGCAAGUGUUAGGAAUAAAACCUGAUCAAGUUACCAUGUUGAGUGUCAUCUCAGCUUGUGCUCAUCUUGGUGCAUUGGACCAAGCCAAAUGGAUCCAUUUAUAUGUUGACAAGAAUGGAUUUGGAAGAGCUUUGCCCAUCAGCAAUGCUCUUAUUGAUAUGUAUGCCAAAUGUGGGAGCUUGGAAAGAGCAAGACAGGUAUUCGAGAAGAUGCGAAGAAAAGAUGUGAUAUCUUGGACCAGUAUGAUCAGUGCCUUUGCCAUGCAUGGGAAUGCAAAUGAUGCAUUAAACUUCUUCUAUCAAAUGCAAGAUGAAAAGAUUGAACCUAAUGGGGUUACAUUUGUUGGUGUGCUUUAUGCUUGUAGUCAUUCAGGCUUAGUUGAGGAGGGCCGUAGAAUUUUUUCAUCCAUGAUUAAUGAGCACAAUAUCACUCCAAAACAUGAGCAUUAUGGUUGCAUGGUUGACCUCUUAAGCCGUGCCAAUCUCUUGAGAGAAGCUCUGGAUCUUGUAGAGACAAUGCCUUUGGCACCUAAUGUUGUCAUAUGGGGAUCCUUGAUGGCUGCUUGUCAGGUUCAUGGUGAGACUGAAUUAGGAGAAUUUGCUGCAAAACAGCUUCUUGAGCUGGAGCCAGAUCAUGAUGGUGCCCUUGUCGUCUUAUCAAAUAUUUAUGCCAAAGAAAGAAGAUGGAAUGAUGUUGGUGAGGUGAGGAACCUCAUGAAAUAUAGAGGUAUUUCCAAGGAGAGAGGACAUAGUAGGAUAGAAUCAAAUAAUGAGGUACAUGAGUUUUUGAUGGCAGAUAGAUAUCAUAAACAAGCAGAUCAAAUCUAUGAAAAAUUAGAUGAGGUGGUUAGUGAGUUGAAGCAGGUUGGUUAUGCUCCAAAUACCUGCAGCGUUAUGGUUGAUUUAGAAGAGGAAGAAAAGAAGGAAAUGGUUCUCUGUCAUAGUGAGAAGUUGGCACUUUGUUAUGGACUAAUUAGUAAUGCAAAAGGGUCUUGCAUUCGCAUAGUGAAAAAUCUUAGGAUUUGUGAGGAUUGUCAUACUUUUAUGAAGUUGGUAUCAAAAGUGUAUGGCAGAGAGAUUGUUGUUAGAGAUAGGACUAGGUUUCAUCAUUGCCAGAAUGGUGUCUGUUCUUGUAAAGACUAUUGGUAAUCAUAAUGCUAUUUUGUAAGAUUGUAACA